CAAGGCCCAUGAUGAAAAAACCGCUGUGUGCACUCGCCUUGCUUUCCGGUAUCGCAUCAGCUCUACCCAUCGGACUUCAUCCAUCAUCUGACACCCAGUCAUGCCAUAGGACGUACGCUUUCUCCAACAACGGCACGAUACAAGAAAGAGAACUGUUUGGUGAGAGCAGAUUCUGUAACUACGAUAUCUCUGUGGACUCAAAGCGACAGAUCGAGCUGAAAUUUAAAAAAGCGAGGUUGAAGUCACUUGAUGUAGCAUAUUUGGACUACGUUUUGGUAUUCGAUGGACCGAAUUGCAUGUUAACACGGGUUGGAGCGGUGAGUGGAGGGGACACUCCGACUUUCACUUCCAGCCGCAACAAGAUGACAGCAUUGUUCAUCAGAGAAUAUGCAAGAAGUACCUUCAAGGCUACGUAUUCCGCUGUAAACAAACGAAAUGCAACGGAGACAACACCGCCAUCUGAUAUUAACAGGAUAUUAGACAACUGCGGAGGCGAAAGGAAUGGCCCGAACGGAACGAUCUCGUUCAAGGGGGACAGAAUGGCGAAUAAUUUGUGUAUUUGGAGACUGAAAGUUGGCAAAGGGAAGAAGGUGCACCUCCAACUGAGAGCAAAGCAAUCGAAAGCGCUUGGCUCCUUGAUCCGCAUACUGGACGGUGGCGAUUGUGCUGCUCGAGAACUUGCCCGCAUUACGGUUCAGAACAAGUCACAAACAUACAAGGAAAUCUCGACGUCAAACAUGAUGAUGGUGGUUUUUUCAUCUGUAGUUGGAUCACCUACAGAAGAAGUUCAAGUUUUAUUUUGGGAUGGUAAGUGGUGUAUGAGAUAACAACCU